AUGAUGAUUAUGAAAGGUCGUGUCAUUGCCUUUCCACUCUUUUCGCCGUCAAGGUUCCAACAGGUUGUCAAUGAAAAUACAGUUCAGAGAUUCACGACUACCAUAAAAUCUUCAAUUAAUGAUAUGAUAUUAACUCCUAAACAAUCCCAAAUACCUCACCAAGAACAUACACCUGGUUCAUUAGCAAGAAGAAACCAAUGUUUGGUUAUGGAGUCUGUUCUUCACUCAACUGUGGUGUGUAUACUACACAAUUAUAUACAACCUAAUACAAAAUGCUUAUUUUGCUUGACAGCAUUGUAUGUAUAUGAUGACGAUGUCACAAUACCAGAGUUUGCUGCUCCCGAAGAGAUUGAUCUAGUUGCUAUCCUGAAUACCAAAUUUAAGUUUUAUAAUAGAGACAAUGAUAAUGGAACUGUCUUUUGGUCUGGACAAGAUUGA